AUGAUGAUAAACGAAGAGAUUGAAGAUCUUCAAAUGGUAACUCAAAUCGACAAUGGUUGUCGAAUUUUCGUCGCCGGUGUGCCAAAGUUUCUCUUGCAACAGGAAGUUGAGGAAUCUCUAAAGCUGCAAAUGGGUGGGAUCGUCGAUUUCGAAUUGAUUAUGCUCACCGACACGUCGAGCAAGGGUUUCGGCUUCGUUCAGUUCGAGAAUCGUGGCGCCGCCGUGCACGCGCUUGACGCAAUCAAUCGUGGUCUCGUUCGGGUUGGUGACGUGUAUAUAAAUGGAAGUUGGGCAAAACCCGAGCAUUUUGUUCCGACUGAAGUCAUGGAAAAGGUUGACGGGAUCUUUAUCUCAAAUUUGGCCACGAAAACCGAUCGGAACGCGCUGGAGAAGUUUUUUGGCGGGAAAAAUAUGAUUUACAGAGUUGUCAAGAAUAAUAAUUGUGCUUUCAUUCAUUUCCGCGACAAGGACGAAGCGAGAAAAGCGGUUUUAAAAUACAACAAGGCAAUGUUGGAUGGAUCGAAAAUUGUCGUAAAACUCGCGAAACCGCCACCACAUGAGAAGAAAAUCAAUCUGAUGCAACUUUUUGGAACAAAUCCCUACACAAAUCUCUUUGUUGAUCCACUUGCGAUGACUUUGCCCUAUCUCUCAUUGCCUUAUUCAACAAUGAAUUUGUAUCAGAGAAUGGCCAUCACUCCCGCGAACCCUUAUGGACAAACCUCACAAGCGCCAGGCCUUCUCGGACCGAUCCCACCGUUCACUCCACUCUUGGCACAAAAUCCAUUGAUGCCCCAAACACCUCAACAAAAUCCUUUCUUCGCUCAAUUGCCUCAGAAUGGUACCCGUGCACUUCCUCUUUGUCUUCCACCAAGUUCAACUCUUCUCUCGAAAGCCGUCAACGUGCAAUAUCAGAUGAUGAUGCUUGCUUCACAGAAAGGUCUCACGUUUCCCGUGAUGCAUUGCAUUCCUGUUGGACCCGAUGAGAAUCCCGGCUUUGUUGCAUCGGCAAUCUUCCCUGGAGCGGCGCCGAUUUUUGGAGCGAAAUGCUUAAGCGAAGAAGCGGCAAGGGAGAGUGCUGCUGAGGCUGUCAUCAUCCAACUUUCA